ACGAGUUAUUGAACCUGCAUAAUAUAUACCGGUACCCGCUUCGUCACUUUGAUCUACUUACCUGUGAAUUACCUAUAAUCUAUAAAUACUUCUGCGCAUGCCAAUGAGAGGAAAUCUAUUUUGCAAUAGCAGAUUGCAAACACGGAUGCUAUCGUUGUAAAUAUUAAAUCUUCGGUGUCAGGAUUUUUAACAUGAGAAGGUCGGACAUUUUUUUUCUUAAAAACAUCCGACUUUGUUUCAUGUUGAAGUUGUUAGUAUAACUUGAUCGAUGUCCGUGGGUGAUAUCACUCAGAAUUCGUUUACUGGAAUGGAGAAAAGCGGUCCACCUCCCUCGUUGCCCCCUGCCUAUUCAGGACCGAGCACUGGUUAUGAAUUACCGGGAAACUCGGGGAUUUCUGUGAUUGGAGCGACAGAUAUUGUUACACCGGACCAAGUACAUGAAUUAAGUCCACCGCCGGCUUAUGACGCCAUAUUCACACGAAGAACUACAGAUCCGCCCAAGUCAUACAAAACGAACGCGUACAAAGGAGAUGACCGGAAUCUCUGGGAAAAAGUUCACGAAUGGUUUGAAUUAUCAAUUCUACAGCUGAUAAUAUGGUUGGCAUGGUUAGCUUUCUCUAUUUCCUUCAUCACAUAUGGUUUGAUUUAUGAUGGACAAUGUUCGUGGAGAAAAUAUAAUAAGAAGGGGAAACUGGUACAAGAAGAGAAUCUGACCGACUUUAUUCGAGCCGAGGGCGGAGUCAUGUGUGGCACCAUCGUCUUCGUCCUCCUGUGUCGGUUGCUGGAGGUGCUGGACAGAUUCCGGACAAAGCGCCACUCCAGGAGUGACCUUGAGGGGUAUAAAAAAUGCGGAGGACAUUUGUUUUUCCUUAUCCUGAUUCUCUAUGUUGCUAAUUUUGGAUUGUGUAUUGGAGGAGGUACGAAGGUUAUACCGUUUUAUAAUGACCAUGGCCCAAAUACAACCCACAAGUGCAAUGAAGAGUUCUACAGCUUUUACUACCACGCCAAGAUCGCGGAGCUGGUCCUCCUGAUGCCGUACGCUCUUUAUGUCCUCCUGGGAUUGUUUUUUAUUCCUCAUCUACAAAAGAAGUGGUUUCUACGACGUAAAUGGCGUCAGUGGGUCAGACUCCUUGACGCAGACCAAGAUGGCGUCAUCAGCACAGACGACAUGGAGAAAACAAAUGCGAAGCUGGAACACAUUCGCAGAAUUGUUGGUGCCAGAAAUACAGCUCUGUCAGUCGCAAACCAAAAGAAAUGGUGGAACGACCACAUCUUCAAAUGUGGACCCGGAAAAGAUAUAUCAAUGGAGGAUUAUAUCAGUUAUUUAGAAGGAACUGUUGGCGCGGUACCUCCUCAUGAAAGAGCAAACAAAGUUAAGCCCUUCAUCACCGGAUUUUUCAACUUCUUCUCGACGGAAGAUUACCGGAAGAAGAAUCUUAUUCUUGGAGAGGAAGACUUUGUCAAAUUUUGGACAAUUCUUGCGGAUGUCGAUGAACGCCAUUGUAGAGAAAAGUUCGUCAAGCAUAUACCGACCCCUUUAACAAUGGCGUAUUUUCUGGAGGAUUUUGUGGCCUUUACAUCGCACGAUGAAUUUUGGAAUGAAUACGGCAACAGAGUAUAUAACGUCCUGAUACAAAGAUCAGGUAAUUGCUGCGAUGUGUAGAAAUAAUGCAUUGUAGGGACUGUGUUGUAUGUUAAGGUUCCUCAAACCCAGUUGGCUGAAAUUAACUUCUGCUUUAAUGAGCAACAUUAAGUUUUUGUUUUUUUUUAAAUAAUAAUAAUUGAUAUUUUAUUUAAAUUAACAUUUUUUUUUCAAAUACUUCGCGAUAAAGAAAAAUAAAUACAGAAAGUUCAGAAAGGCCUUAAUAAUUUUAUCAUAAUGAAAAAUAUUUCAUUUAACACAAUAAGAGUUUUCUAUUUUAUAAGGGGGUCAAUGCACCUUAAGAUUACGGUGUACAGGUAGAAGUCUAUAUGUAGAAUUUGUUGAUUUUGCCAUAUUUUAAACUGAGCAAUCUGCUUUUUUUUUGUCCUUUUUUUGUGCAAGUCACAAAUUAAACUCGUUCAUCUUCUUGAAACAAUUUAUGACUGAAUUAUUGAGUCCAUUAAGUGUAGCAAAUGCACACUAUAUACAUGUAAGUACACAAUAAAUACAUUACAGAACUGUAUUUUUUCACUCUCCCAUCCCUAGCCCCAACUCUCAUCCCCCAAAAGCAAUGAUAGUAUUACAUGUUUAAUUGUGUACAAUAUUCUUCAAACAUUAGUACAAAUGUACAACUUUUUAUUUUGAGUUGCUUAAUAUGAAUAAUAUUAAAGAUCCAUAUCAAAUUUGAUAUAAUGAUAUACUUUGUUUAAUUUUUACCAAAUUGUUCAAUUUCGUACCUGUGGACUUUUAGCGAGACGCAAGCAAUGUUGAAAAUUUAUGUUGUUAUAAUGUUGUGAUAUAUAUGUACAAUGUCCUUU